GUGGCCGGCUGUGUUUGCUCGGAAGGGAGAGGGUCAAGCGCCUGCUCGGUGCAUCUUUGGCAGGGCGGCAAGUGCGACGCGGCGUGACGUCAUCUCUCGUGGUUCCAUCGGCGCAGGUGUGGCCUUACGAGCCUUUCGAUAAUUCGGACAAAGGUUCGGAGAUCGGUGGUUGUCUUCAAGUUCUUCUUCUUCUUCUUCUUCUUCUUCUUCUUGGACGACGACGAGAGAUUCUCCCCGCGAGUCUGUCAAAUGGGAAUCACCAAUUUCAGGCGGAGGCGGAGGCGAAGGCGAAGGCUGGAUGGAUGGAGGGAGGGAGACAGAAUCGCUCGCUCGUUCUCGUUGGAACGAAGGAAGCAGUGCGUGCGUGCGCAGAGAGAGAGAGAGAUGGCGUGUGCCAACGCAUCGGCAGCUUGGCCCGAGGUGCAAAGUGAGAUCCGAUUUGAUUCGUGACGUGCGGAGGGUAAGGGGCAGAGGAUGUCGUCGAGUCUGGGCCCAGAGCCUGAAAUGGCAAGGACGAGCCAAACGGUGUUGGCAGGAUGUGUUUUGUGAUUGACACUAAGGACCCGCAGAAAAACAAGAGCGAGAGUGGGGUGGAGAGGCGAGAAAUGACAGACAGCUCGGUGAAGUCUGUCUUCAUCGCCGUCGCGCUCUUCGCAGCGGCGGGAUUGUGUGAGAUCGCGGGCGGGUGGUUCGUGUGGAAAUGGCGUAAGGCGGAUUGGUCGUGGGGUUUCUUUGUCCUCGGAAGUUUAAUUCUCAUCGGCUAUGGGGUGAUUCCCACCUUCCAGGAUCAGGUGUUCGGCCGGACAUACGCAGCCUAUGGAGGCUUCUUCAUCAUUCUGUCCCUGCUCUGGGGCUGGGCUCUGGAUGGAGAUCGACCCGAUAAGUGGGACGUCACCGGUGCCGCCAUCGCUCUGGCUGGAGUCUGCGUGGUCAUGUUCAUGCCCAGGAAAGAGCAUGUGACCGUGAGCAUGUCGCCAACGCCCAGCGCUUGAACGUGGUACGACCUCGCAUCAUCCUCCUCCUCACGCACUCAUUCGCUUCGUCUGUGCGGAGGGAGGGAGGUCAAUCCUGACUCCAGGUGGACACUAGAUCAGUUCAGUUGAGUUCUAGCUGCGCAGGUGGUCACAACCGACACACUUUGCGUGAAGUAUCUAUUGGUACGAUCGGAUCCCAUUUUGUGUGUUCUGAUUUCCUUGUCUCUGCAACAAAGUGUCCCGAAUCGUACGACGAGGCAAGCAAGCAAGCAAGAAAGGGGUUGAAGUUGGCAUCCAUCCAUCGCCUUUGUACCGAUCCUGACUGGUCCCAUGAGUUCUAGCUGCGCAGGUGGUCACAACCGACACACUUUGCGUGAAGUAUCUAUUGGUACGAUCGGAUCCCAUUUUGUGUGUUCUGAUUUCCUUGUCUCUGCAACAAAGUGUCCCGAAUCGUACGACGAGGCAAGCAAGCAAGCAAGAAAGGGGUUGAAGUUGGCAUCCAUCCAUCGCCUUUGUACCGAUCCUGACUGGUCCCAGGAAGCGUCGACCUUCCACCUGCCCAGACCCUUCUCUGCCUGCCUUCAUCGGUCCCCUUCCAGCCGUAGCCAGACUCUAGGACUUGCGUCUCCUGGAGGACAUUCCACGUGCAAGCACGAGCACGAACAGCUUAAAUGUGCGGCCGGGUCAGGUCAGGUCGGAUCUGCCACACUGCGUUCGUUGUGUGUGUUGGUCAAAAGCUCGUUUCGCAAUCUCCUUUCGUUUCCACUGUUGCCCCGUAUUUAUCCAUGGCGUGAGAACACAGUAUCGUCCUUGUCUGCACUGAAGGAUGGAAGACAUUGUAUACGAUAACAAUUUGUAAAUUCAGAUUUUAGCGUGUUCCUGGACUCAGAC